AUGUCUGCGAUGGGCAUGGAAAUCCAGGUUGACACGUCGAGCUCAAGCACCGGCCGUGGCUCGGUGUCUUACGCGUUCAUGGGCGCGGGCGGCUCUUCGGGAACCUCGGUGUCGGUGCUGACUCUAGACCAGUCCCGGAUGCUGUCGACCACUGCAUACUCCAGCUCCUUCAGAUUCUCGCCCAGCGGCGCGCCUCCCACGUACAAAACGCCAUCCAGCGCGGCUCCGUCGUCGGGAGUGACAUCAUCAGCAGCGGCCUCGCUGCUGUCUAGUUCGUUCGCGGGAUUCACACUUUCCACCUCGUCCGUGCCUCUGUCCUCGGCUAGUGCUGCUGGUCAGCGCAAUACCACUAAUGACAGUUCUGCGCAGAACGGCGCCGGUUCGUGCUCACGCGCCAACUGGAAGCUCGGUGCGGCGCUCUCGCUCCUUGCGCUCGGCGGCGUCAUGCUUUAA